AACGUGCGCCUACACGCCACACGGAAACGCCACUACGACCUUUCACGCCGCAGACAGUGAGGAAUAGAAACAGGCUUUCACUCUGUUUAUAAUGUUUAUUACAAAUUAUUUGAGAGGAAAUUAAGUUCGCGUGACUGCGGAAGCAAACCGAACAGAAAUGCUUCGUUUGUCGCUGCUAGUUUUUAGCAGAGGAGUCGCUAAAAGGUUUGCCUCGUCUUUCUCGGGUCAGACAAGUCUGCCUCCAAAUCUAAUGCUGCCAACGAACCUGGUGGAUCCUGCCAGAUUAAAGCGGCGUCCUCCUCCUGCAGACUGCCCCCUGCCUCUUCUGAGGACGUGUGAUGCAGUCGUUCCCGCUCACCUGAGCCCCGUGCAGAUGUGGGUGGAGACUCUGCAGAGCUGCGACAGCGAACCGAUGGGAUUGGCUGAGCUCCACCCUGACGUCUUCGCAGUGCGUCCCAGGCUGGAUAUUCUCUACGACAUUGAAAUGUGGCAGAGAAGUUACAAAAGGAUUAGCUACGCCAACACAAAGGUCAGGUCAGAGGUCAGAGGUGGAGGCAGGAAGCCCUGGAGACAGAAAGGAAGUGGCCGAGCUCGCCACGGGAGCAUCCGCUCACCGAUAUGGAGAGGAGGUGGCGUGUCACAUGGACCCAGAGGGCCGAACAGUUACUAUUACAUGUUGCCCAUGAAAGUCCGAGUACAGGGACUGAAGGUGGCGCUGAGCUCCAAGAUGAGUCAGGACUACCUUCACAUCGUGGACUCCCUCAGCAUCCCCACCCCGGACCCUCAGUACCUGCUGGACCUUGUCAGACAGAGACACUGGGGGGAGUCUGUAUUAAUAGUUGACAUAGGUGAAGAGUUUCCUGAAAACAUCCUUCGAGCCACAGCGGACUUAAAGACAGUGAACCUCAUUCCAGCUAUUGGUCUGAACGUGCACAGCAUGCUGAAACACGAAGUCCUUGUCCUCACGCUGGAAACAGUCAAGUUUCUGGAAGAGAAGCUGCUCUGGCACGACCAGCGUUACACACCUCUGUACCCGUUCAAGCUGCCCUACUCCGACUUCCCGUAGAAGACGAGUUCACCUGUAACAUAUUCACUGACAGCAGUGAGCCUUUUGGUUUGUGUUUAUAUUUAACAAAGUCCAUGAUAAAAACAAUGCAAAGUUUUAAUAAA